UAAGGCCAUACAAAUCGAAAAGAAGAAGAAGAAGUUCAAUUGAGGUUAUGUACUGAUUUUCAAAAAUAUUUUUCCAGGGGCCCGAGUCCAUUCUGGAUUUAAAAAUUUAGAAAUAUCUGAUUCUCUUCUCAGCUUCUCACCUUUUUCCGAACAGCAGAUCAUCGAUUUCAAAUUAUGUCAGCUUUGAAGCGUGUCCAGCAAUGGGCAACUUUUGCGAGAGUCUGGCACAUAUAUGAUGCUUCAUGGCAGAACCCCUUCAAGUCAGCGGAGCUUUUAAAGAAAUAUCUCAUGGGAUUGCAUAAGCCAAUAUACCACCCAAUGAAUGAUUGUGGAGACCAUGUAAUUGUGAUAAACAGUGGUGAUAUUGCUUUACCUGGGGACGAGUGGAAGAGACGUGUUUAUUUUCAUCACACAGGCUACCCUGGUGGGGCUACCUGGACCUUAGCUUGGGAAUUGCAUAGCAAAGAUCCCACAAUGGUACUCAGAAAGGCAGUUUAUAACAGUAUGGAUGGGAAUUUACAGAGGAGAUACACAAUGGAAAGGUUACAUCUCUUUCCUGAUGCUAAUGUGCCCACAAAUUUAUUGAAGAAUGUUUCCAAUCAGAUACAGCAAUUGAAGGCAAAACCAAAGAGACUAGAUCACUAUUCAGAAAAUCAAGUGAAACAGUUCCCCAAAAUUUUUGAUUAUCCUAAAGAUUAUAUUCUCAAGUAAUGAUUAUGGUAUUAUUAGAUUUUUUAAAUAAUUAUAGAAUAGACUGUUUAUUAUAGGAGAUUUUUAUUUCAUCUUAUGAGUUUACUGCUGAAGUUGAAGUAAUGCCACAAUUUUAAUUGCUACCAAUUUACUAAAUAAGUGUGAAUCAUACAUUUAGAACCUGUUUACCAUUUCUUGGAUAUAUCUUGAUAAUCUCCAUCAGGAGCAUCAUAUUCUUCAACAGCAGGAGUUUCUACUGGCCCUUUGCUAUUGAAUGGCAUUAAAUGAAAAUCAAACUGAA